AUGGAGUUGACUUUUUUUUUGCUUCUAUCAAUAUUGGCUUCCAUUUCUAUUCCUGCAAUGCAGCGGGCCCUAUUUACAGAGGAAGAAGUCCGGCUGGCAACAGAGCGGCGCCUGAAAUAUCUAGGAACAGCCAAGGUCAAUAUCUAUCAAAUUCAAUUCGAUCCGCCAUUGCCCCGGGAUCUAGAUCCCAAAAAUUUGGAUCGGCUCUGUGAAAUCUUCCGCAAAAACCACUGUCGUCGCCUGGAUAUCGAUAAUCACGUCCCCGCGAUCGUGUCUCAGCAGGAUCUCGCUGAUGCGCUGCGGAAGGCGAAUGUUCCGCAGCAAUCACUGCUGACUAAUGAUGCUCACCAAUGUCCCCAACUGGGAUUUGCGGCGGGGCAACUGCGAGCCCUCCAUGGCCGUCACCGUGUGCAGGCGGGAGCCAGGGUACUUCCUCCGGCUGACCGCUGGUGGACAGUUGAUCUCUACGUAGACGACAUCGGUGAAGAACUGAGGACGUCCCUGAUAGAAGAAUAUGCUAAUCAGAAGAAACCGACUGACGGGCAAAUAUAUCGCAAGAUCCGACAGUAUGAGGGCGAGGACAACGAAACCUUCCGGCAGCGGUGGUUUGUGCGGCUAUCACCCAGCAAUCAGGACCGCCUGGAUCAGUUAGACAAUAAAAGAAACCGUCGUCUCCGGCGAGCCUUCGAUCGGUUACUACCAAUCCCUGGGCUUUGGCCACAUGGGAUGAGAAUAAGCAUGCUUCACCGGUUGAUUGCCACGGGUUGUGUCGAAGAGAUCCUGGCCUAUCUUGACCAUAUCGGACACUUCUGGUCUUCCAUAGUUGACUCAGAUCCUGGUUCGAUGAAGAAGAUUGAUCUGGAUACCGUCGACGCCCUGCAGUUGCUGGCACCGGGAAAGUCCCGUACUGACGCAAAAUCAGCCUGUGGGCUGAUCCUAAGUGGCCAGGCUUUUGCCCAAUUCAGCGAGGAAGAACGAGGGAUUAUAUGGAGCAGAAUGAAGAAUUUUGACGGGCUGGUUCCGUCCUUGUAUACUUUUUUUGAAGAUUUCAAGUACCUGGAAAGCUGCGCACAUUGUGUGAAGCGACUCUUUGGCCCGUCGGCUGAGUCUGUCUGGGAAACCAUGAGGUCGAUGUUCAUUCCGUCCUCAAAUUUGGAGGGAGAGGAGUGUGUAAUUCAGACCUCCGAGUCCACUUUCCGGCGUCAGCGGGCAACCGACGUGGAGCGCCUUAAUAUGGGAUACUUGCAGGUAUGGCUGUAUGCAAUGCGACAUUAUCCUCUGAUGCCUUCGGACCCAAAGAAGGUUGAUGACCUGUUGGCAAAGCCAAUUCGUGCCAAAGCCGAUGAGAGAGCGAUCUAUGAGAUGGCUGAACUUGCUCGCCGGCUCGGGUUCAAGUCCCCAGAAAUUGAUGCAUUAAUCAACGGAUCCCCAGAUCAUCAGAUUGCAAGGGCGGCUCUGCUGCAGGCCAGGAAACCUAGUCGGUUCCGAUAUGACGCCCAGCAGUUUGAAACCCUUGUCAGCCGCAUUGUCGACUGUUUCGCUGUGGCGGUGCCCGACCAGCCCGAAAUGACACAUGUUCUUCUCGCGGACAGCGCUGUGAAACCCCGGGCUCGCUGCGGGAUGCCACAAACACGAACCCACAAGCAAGACAGCCCUUUGCUGUUCCUGGACCGUUUGCACGCUGAUGACAUUGGGGUUGCUGACACGAUCACUAGUUUUUAUGUCCGCCGCUGUGUCUAUUUCUCCUUCUUCGGAAGACCUGCACUAGCUGGACCCACUAGCAGUAAUCAGGCCGAGGAGGCUUCCCGGAAUAUUCCUUGGUCACCGUUAUUUAUCGAAGAAGAUGGUUUAUCUGGCGAUCAUCGACCCGCUCUGCUAGCGGAUCCACCCAGUGUGCCACCUUGUCAAAAACGAAAACAGCCACAGGAGCGGGGAGUCCGACGGGGCAAGGAACAACAUACUUUGCUCCGCCAGAAGGUACCGAGGGCCGAAAGGAAACGGGGUGUUGUGAAACAAAAAGAAACGCGGAAUGCUCGGAGGCGCAGGCGUCAGUCGCAUCCAACGGGAGAAGGAAACCACGAGCCUGAGGAUUACGACCCUAUGGAGUUGGAGUAUCUGAGCACCGAGCCCUCGGAUCAGGAUAUGUCGGAUUAUCCAUCCCAGGGCGAAAGUACGCAAGGCAAAUCAAUGCACUCCGAUCCAGCGACCGCCCUCUCGCACUCCAUACCUUUCCCUGCCGCCCCGGGAGAAGCAGAUACCCACAGCCAUUGCACGAGAGUUUCACCUGAAGCAGCCCCGCUUGUGCAAGACUCAGGCAACACACCAGCAGUAGAGGAUCCACCUCUGGACGAUGGCCCCGAGGAUCAGGCGCGUACUGAUCAUCCAUCACAGCCACAGUCCCCGGAAAUUGGGGACGGAAAUUCUUCGGAUGUUGGCGGCCCUGGUGGUCAACAACCGGGCUCGAAUGAUUACAUUGACCAACUCAUGAGGGCCCAGGAAGAACGAGAAAGGUUGGAGGAGGAGUUAGAUCGUGAGCGACUUGAGGAAGAGCUAGGUCUCUCUCGCCAGGAGCAGCCAGUUCUGGAACCGUCACCUAGACCUCAAGAGAGGCAGAAUUCUCCACUAACGCCCCCUGACGACCAACCGGCAGACAUGACGCAUAAUAGCAACCCAGUAGCACGGGAUUUUGUUUCAUUGCCGACUCAAGACCCAUCACCAGCUUCUCUCCGUGAAGGACAGCCGGGUCCUCCCGCAGUUGAUGCUGGGCCUUCAACCCUGAAGGCACCACGAACACCAGGUUCAGUAGAGAUUUCCUUCUGGGAGUUUACAGGGGAGUGGAAGAAGUGCCACCGUGUACAAGCAGGUCCUACCAACCAGUGGCCGUUGGAACGGAUGGCGACGAAGUAUUCACGGAUGAAUUAUUCGCUGUAUGAUCGGAAUCUGCAUAGCCUUAGCCCCGCCCAAUGUUAUCGCGCAGCCAUUGUUGACGGCAGUAAUGCCAUAUUUAUGAUUUCUAAGCAUGAGGAGCAGAGGCUCGCGGCCGAAGGCCGAAUUACCAAAGAUAAGCAGCUUCUAUCGUUGAUCUCUAGAGUGUUGGUGGAAUAA